AUGACUUCUGCCGAUAACCUAUACAAAACGCUUUUACAAGCGGAGAAUCCUUUUCAGAGUUUAACAGAGUUUGUCAGCCAAGCAGAAGAUUUUCAAGCUGGGAAAACUUCUUGUGAUGUUGUACAUGACUACUUGAAAUUAUCUGUGAACUGUCAAGAAAUUUUACAGCUUAUCAAAAACACAUCAGCAUCUAAUGCUCAUAAUGUUGUUGUUUUAUUCCAAACCUUAACUCACAUAUUGUUGCGCUUGGCAAAGGACUUAAGUAUUUUUGCAUCAACUGGACAGUCUAUUGUUAAUGAAGUUCUUGCUCAUGGAAUGAAAACUGUUUUUAACUUUUUGAACUUUAAACAAAAAGCAUCAAGAAGUAAGGCAGCUUUGCACCUGUUGUCUGCGAUGGUUGCUUUAGGAAAGCAAGCAGCCCACAAAGUUCUUGCUCAGUUGGAUUUCUCCAACCCUAUAUUUAUUUCUCUAAUAAAUAGAUCCAAUGUGUCAGAUGAAGAAGAUGUUAGAGCUGCUUUUCUUAAUCUUAUUGUACUUAUUAUGAGAGUGUGUGACCAAAGCAGUAUAAUAAAGCUAGUUGAACUAAAAGGUUUUCUUAAUGCUAUGAUGCCUGGACUUAUCUCCGAUCAUGCUUCAACAAUAUUAUUGCUGCUGAAAACAUUUCAAACACAGAUUGUUGAAAAUCCUGAUAUAAGUCGAACUAGCAAGCUGCACUUAUUUACAGAUUAUACAUUGAAGUCUGUCAUAGAGUUAUACACAUGGAAAGGACCAAAGAAAGCAAGAAAAAGUUCAAAACCCAAAAAGCGAAAGUUGGGAGAGGAUGUUGACCCAAUUGCUUAUGAGGUGGAUGAACAAGAAGCUCUAACUGUUCAAACCAUGGCACAUGAAUUUAUGUUAUCAGUUUGUUGUUCUCACAAACAUGGAAUUAUCUUUUAUGAUCGAACUUUUGGUACAUCAGGACAUAAUAUGAAUCAUGUGAUGACAAAAAUUUUGAAGAAUUUUCCAAAUCCAUAUUCAAACUGGCUAAUGUCCGAAUUUGUGAUAUCUGCUUUGAAGGCUUGUCCAGAUCAGCUGAAAUUUUUUCUGCCUAGUUUGAAAAAUAGCUUUCGUCCCAGAAACUCUGUUGCCUGGUUGCAAACAGUGGAUUUUCUGAAAAGGAUAAUAAAUUCUCAAGAUCCUAUUUCUUGCCUGUUCAGAACUCAAGAAAAAAGGUCUCUUCCUUCAUUAGUUCUUAUUGCUAAGACAUUAUGUGUUCCAGACAUUAUAACUGCAUCUGAAUUAGAAGAAACAUUUCAGAAUGGAGAUCCUUUGCUGUGUUACUACAUGUGUCAAUUCUUGACUUGCAUUUUAAGACAAGUCGAAAAUAUUAUCAUAUUUUGUGAACAAGCCAAUCUUUCAGAAGUGCCGUAUUCAGCGAUGGAUAUGUCUUCAUUUUGUCAAUUAUUUUUAGCUGCUGUCAUUCAGAGUUUUCCUUUUGAGAAAAUUUUUAAAAGUUACCUGGCAAAACUUGCAUUACUUCUGAAGGGAACACAGUCAGAUGAAAAAAUGGAAGCCAUAACAGAUAGUACUGAAAAUAUUGACUCUACACCUUCUGAACAUGAAAGUGAAGUGAUGCAAGUGGAUGAAGUUCUUGAAAACCAGUCUGCUACUACAGUGCAAAAUAAUAACUUAGAAUCUGAAAAAAUUCCUCUGCCUGCCCUUUCAAAACAACUUUCAGAAUUCCUUGAAGCUGUAAAACUUGUAAAGAAUAUGUACGUGCUUUCCCAUCAGAAGUUUGAUUCGAAUUUGAAUGAAUUGUUUUCUUGCUUGCAACAGUGUAGAGAUACAUUUUCUACAGAAGAAUUAUUUUCUAUUCACAUGAAAGUUAUUGACCUUUUCAUUGCUAAAGGUGAAUCAACUGCCUCGCUUUGGACUAAGAAUUUAGCAGAAUCUCCUCUGGUUAAUCUUGAUAUUUUUCUCACUUCAAGUAACCCUUCAGUGAAGCAUUCCAUAGCAGCUCUAAUUCACAAGCUUUUAGUCGGUACUGGAAUAUUUGAUCAAUGCAAGUGGGAGGCUGAUGCCUGGGUCUCUGCUUUGAAAUCAGCAAAAGCUAGACAUGUACCGUCAAUAAUUGCAUUCAUUAAUGAUGCAAUCUAUACAUUAUUACAAGAACCAAACAAGUUCAUUGAUGAUAUUGUUAAUACUACUUUGGAGAAAUCUUCUUCCUCUGAACCUGUUUAUGAUUCUUCAAAAUAUUUAGAAGAUUUGCUCUCGGAAGAAAAUACAGGGAAAGAAAAUGACUCUGAACAUCACACUCAGCAGUGUUUUAGUUCCUUUGUGCCAGCUGUUCUUAUGCAGCUAAACGAAAUAUCAGAUCAUAAAAAUAAAGGUUGCAAAUUAUUUGUGGAAACUGCUCUAUGUGAUAUAAUUCACCAUCAACAUUUACCAUCAAUAUUUUUUGCCAUUAUUAAUAAAUAUAAACCAGCUCUCAACUCCAGCAUUUAUAAAUAUUGGGAAAUGCUCUCUACAUGCACUUUUGAUUGUAAGAUUGACGAAUUGGCAGAUUUAAUUGGCGACAAUGUUUGCAAUUCAAGAAUUGGAGAGCAUUUGCGAAAAAAAUUCAUUACUUCUCAUUCUUCAGAAACUGUCUGUGCUUGCAAUAUAGUAGAUGUACCUGAUGAUUUUGACUUCAGCUACACCAGGAGAAUCAUUUCACAAAUAUUGAUGUACAUUAGUGUUGACAUUUCUCUCAUUACUGACAGCAAUUCUGAUGCGAAAAUUAUCCUUGAUUAUUUUAUACUUCUAAAAAAUCUUUUUGAUUUUGUGUCCAAUGUGCUUACAAAUGAAGCAACAGGAAUAAAAACGGAAUCAACUAAGCUUCUUAAGGAUAAACCUCACUUAAAAUUUGAAAUUCAAGAAAUUGUUUCUGAAAUCUUAUACCAUCCCAUAGUCCACAAACUUUUUCUUCAAGCUAAAUGUUCACCUCAUUGUCAAAAAGAUGUCUUUAAAAUGAGUGUGAAUUCCUGUACUGAUCUGGUUGCCCAUAUUGCUGACAAAAUAUUGAAUGAAUCUCAAUUUGCUAAUUGUUGGAAGCAUUUGGGUCCAUUUAAAAAUAAACUAUUGAAUUUUAAUCUAACUUUUGAAAGUAGCCAUGCUUCGGAAGUUGAACUCGUUAAUACAGAUGUUGAUUUGUUUGUUGUCACAGGAUCCUUCUCAAACAUUUUAACUGCUGUAGAUGUAACAAGACUUUUAGAAAAUAUUCUGAGCAAAGGACUUGAUGCAGGAAACUCUAGUUCAUCAACUGUUCUAACUUUGCUGAUGAAGUUGUAUGUUGAUAAAGCAGAAUCUAUUUUUCUUUCUUCAGACUGUAUUAAUUCAUUAUUUUCUCACUAUGUCACACUACCAAAAAAGCAGAAGGAAUUAUGUGUGGAAUACAUAGUAAAAAUAUUAGAAAUGCAUCCAUCUUUUUCAUUACUUCUUAAAAAUGAUUCUUGUCAUUACCUGAUGAAAAAUCCAAGCAAAGAGUUACCUGUCAUAGGUCGUCUGAUUGAUUACAAUGAAUGUUUUAGACGGUUAUUGCAAAAUGAAAUAAUAGAAAACCCUUCCAAGUUCAAAACCUGUGCUUUUUUAUAUUUUGUUAGUAAAUGCAUAGUGAAAUGUAACAACUUUGCAUCACCCUUGGAAGAAGAUGAAAAUUUUUUGAAAUCAAUAGCACUGUUAUUUUGGGAAGAAUUGACCAAAUUUCUGCAAAUGGAGGAAAAAUUACCUGAACCUUUAUUUCAAGAAAAUGUAGUUGAGAAGGCUGUUAUGAUGAUAUUCCAAAAAGAAAUUUUGCCUUCAAAGAAAUUGUCCAAGUUCUUAAAAAUGAUUGAAGAAAACCUCCAGGACAGUUCUGCUCCUGAUUCAUUAAAGCUGUCAAUUUAUUUAAAUUUGCUGAAUGCAUUGAAAAUAACUGCACAAGGAAAAACAAAAGCUCUUACCCGGAUUUUGAAGAUAUCUCUGCAUUGGUUUACAGAUGCUGUGUCUAAACUUCAAAAUCCUUCAGAUUUUUCGUUUACUCCUCUUGUAGAUUUUGUGCAAGAACUUUUUGAAAAUACAGAAAAUGUAGACAUAAGUGAAGCUGUUGAUGUUGAAAAAUUGUUUAGUAAAAUUUUGAAGGUAGCCAUGAAGUGUAAUGAACAUGGAGUAAAAUUUCUGAGAAUUUUGACAUCUCUGUGCAAUAUGGAUGGUGGCAAUAAAUUAUCAGCUCAUAAUAUUUAUAAGCUUGUUGUCGGUCAUUCAAAAUUUUUUGACAUUAUGCUAUCUAACAAAGAAGAAUAUUUAAAAGAAAGUGUUGUAGACCUUCUGAUCAACAUCAUAAAACUGGAUGGUAAAGUUUGCAACGAAAAUCAUUUAGGCGUGUUUCUUGCUUCUUAUGGGGCUACAAUGUCUUCAUCUGAUCAAAAAUUGCUGUGCAUGAUUAAAUUAUUGUCUGAUAAUGAAAUAGAUAUGAGCAAAUAUAGGCCUUUUUUGUGGGGGAAAUCAGCUAUUACUCAUUACUCGGUGAUGAAUGCAGGGAACAUGUAUUUGUGGAAGCAACCAAAACUGCAGGAUGUUCUGGGCAUAUUUAUUUCGUCAAAAAUUGACUAUACAAUUUUACAUUAUCCUCUUGAAUUAGAUAUAAUGGUAAGCAUUUUUUUUAACUUGAUAAAAUUGAUUGCUAAAGAGUGUAAAAUAUAUGACUUGCGUUUUAUUCUACCUUUGUUUUCAAAUUUAUUAUCUCCAGGAUCCUUUGUCCAUAUUUUCAGUUUUGUGAAUUCAAAAGUUCUGAUGCUUAUAUUUAUAUCACUCAGCAGUUUUGAUCCAAAAACUAGAGCUAUGGGAUACUACUGUCUUUCUCAAUUUUACCAGCACUUAGAAGGUGCACGUUUUCGUGAGAAGGGUAUUUGGCUUUGUUUAUUGGACAGCGUGAGAAAUUCUCUAACUUCGUCCAAUCCUAGGAUACCGAGCAUUAUUACUCUGUUUUUAGCGAAGGUGGCUGAUAUUUUCACUAAACCAGAGAGUAAUUUAUACAAGCCUCUUUAUAAAUUCAUUAUGUGCAAGCCAGCUUUAGACAUUGGACAAGUUCCUGAAUUCUUCACUUUGUUUAACAGCAUUGAAAUUGAGCACCGAAUUCAAAGAAUGUGGCUCUUAAAUCUUCUUGCAGAAGGUUUGCGUUCAAGUUUAGAUUUUCACGUUUGUGAAAAGCGUCACAUAGUUAGCACUGUUUUGUCACAUUACAAUAGUUCACUUUCAACACAACAGGAAAAGAUUGCACUACUUGGCUUUCUGCAAUCAGCAGUACUGAUUGGAUCUUCUGCUAGGAUACUUUGCCAGAGCAAUUUAAUUUCGUGGCUUCAUGGAAUAAUCGAAACAAUAAAUUUAUCAGAUGUAGACAUUUUAAAGAAUAUAUGUUUGCUGGUGAAAAAGCUGUGGAUUACUGUUCACAACAAGUGCACUUUCCAAAAGAAGACAAAUUCUGAUCCCACAGCAGAUCAGAGUUCAUCUUCAAGUGAUAAAAUUUCAAUGUACAUAUCAUUCCCUCAUGAAUUUUUGUUGAUGCUUCUCAGUAUUCUUAAAAAAGCAAGGCUCUUAGAUGCUGAAUAUUUAACAAUUUAUCUUACUACACUGAAAUCUGUCCUGGACUUCGUGAAAAACUUCAAAGUGCAUGUCACAGUUUACACAUCUAGUUUAUCUUUCGAUCACAUGAUACAAAUUUAUGACUUGGGCACCAAGUUAUUAGAAAAAUCAAAAUGCUCAAAUUUGGACAUUUCUGAAGAAAUGUUAAACACUAAAAAGUGUCUGUUGCUUCUUCAGAAAAUUACCUUACACUGGGUUCCAUUAUUAAAUGAAAAUGUCGCCGAGGAACACUACCAUCUAACCGCUUCUUUUGUGCUCAAGGUGUUAACAUUAAUAUUGCAUUUCAAUGAAGGAUCUCACUCUCCUGAAGUGGCUGAGUGGUUGUAUAAUUGCUUACAAGAAGACAAAAAGUGCGUCGUACCAAAACUCAUAUUUUCGUCUGAAGGUGAGAUAUGUCUCAAUCUUAUUUUGAGACAGUUUGAGAUGUCAAUGUUAUGCGAAGCUGAUUAUUUCCAGAAGCAAGAACAGUUGCAUUUGAAUGAAACAGAAAAAGGAUAUAAUGGCUGGAAGAAUGUUCUUCUCCAUUUCCAGAAAGUCUCUUUGUGUUCUAAUUUAAAAACUACCUGCAGCUUUUUCAAUGAAAUAUGUUCUGUGUUAUAACUGUUAUGUACUAUAGUACU